UUUUUUUUUGUCAACGUUGAUUGAUGUCCAAGAAGUGGAUAUGACCAGCGACGAGACAUCCGUCAGGCAACCUAGCACACCCCGCAUUCUGGAGGGCGGUUCCAACACCAACAAGAUGAACCGAAGACGCAUGCAACUCGGCGGAAGGGCUUACAAUGAGCGCCUCAAAGCAACGAACGAAUCGUAUCAACGGGUCGGCCAGACAAUCUCAGACAACCAACUGGAGCAGCUCCAAAGCCAGCUGGAUACGUUCCGGGCCAACCUCGAGACAUUUGCACGGCUGCACCGCAAGGAUAUCCAAAAGGAUCCCGUCUUUCGCAUGCACUUUCAAAAGAUGUGCGGGAACAUUGGCGUCGACCCAUUAGCAUCGAGUAAGGGAUACUGGGGAGAACUUCUUGGUGUGGGUGAUUUUUACUACGAACUUGGCAUACAGAUCAUAGAUGUAUGUCUGUCGACUAGAGCCUUGAACGGCGGACUCAUGGAAUUGUCGGAAGUCAAGCGGCGAGUGGAGCGUAUGCGUGGAAUACGGGACAACAAAGGAACGAAUAAUUACAACAGCACCUUCACCACCACCACCGCCGCCGCCAGCAGUAAAUGGGCAAGCAUAACCGGCAAGGAUACCAGUAUGGAGAUUACGGAGGACGAUGUCUUACGGUCGAUCAAAACCUUAGUGCCGUUGGGAAGUGGAUUCCAGGUGCUGCAGAUUGGGGACAAGAAAAUGGUAAGCUCAGUCCCGCGCGAAUUGAACCGGGAUCAGUCUGUUAUCCUGGCACUCGUUCAGGACACCAAUGGACAUGUCAACGUCAAUAUUAUCAACGAACGACUUGGAUGGGAGCACGGCCGCAUAAUGACAGCCCUGGAUACACUGCUGGACGAUAGUCUGAUGUGGAUCGAUCAACAGGCGGAUCCGUACGAAUACUGGGUGCCUGGAUUCUUUGAACCAGAGGACGAUGACAUGUACGGAACAUCGGCCUCUUCAUGACGCAGGAGAGUGUCGAGUGCUUCAAAAUGAGAAUAAAUUAGGGCACCAAGCAUUUG